AAACUGUCGUCCGUCCGGUGCAGGCACCCGUCUUGACACUUUAAUGAGAUCCAACGCCGACGAUCGGAGCUGGUCGCUAACAGCUACAGAGUUUUGAACGCACAAUGACUUCAGAGAGGAUUUCAUCUCUAUAAUUAUCCCUUCACUGCGGACUGAAGGCUCUGGGGGGGAAAUUGGAAGAAAAUUAUAUCAAUUAUUGCUUCCUUCCGACUGUCACACUCGUCCGCUCGGCAGCCGGAGCCUGUAUGACCAUAAUGAUGAACCAGGAAAAGUGGGUCAAUCUCAGCCCCGCAGAAUUCGCUCAACUUCAAAAGUAUGCAGAAUAUUCCACAAAGAAGCUGAAAGACGUCUUGGAAGAAUUUCAUGGCGAUGGCGUGCUGGCAAGAUAUAAUCCAGAAGAGAAGCAAGACAUCCUGAAACAAACAAUUGACUUUGAAGGUUUCCAGCUGUUUAUGAAAACGUUCCUGGAAGUCGAGUUACCGGACGAAUUCUGCAAACACCUCUUCAUGUCAUUUGGGAACAGAUUCCAGACUCCCAGCCCGUCGAUGCAGAGCAAGUCUCAGCUUCUCUCCGGGGGUCUUCGAAUGAAUUACAGAAGUAACAGUUCGUCUCGAUCUUCGUCCCCGGUGUCUCUGCGUCCACCAGACAUGAUUCAGCUGAAAGAUAUCGUUUGUUACUUAUCACUGCUGGAGAGAGGAAGGCCGGAGGACAAGCUUGAGUUUAUGUUUCGACUGUACGACACAGAUGGGAACGGAUUCCUGGACAGCACGGAGUUAGAAUGUAUAAUCUCCCAGAUGAUGCAUGUGGCUGAAUAUUUGGAAUGGGACAUCACGGAGCUCAGCCCGAUUCUCCAUGAAAUGAUGGAGGAGAUUGAUUAUGACCAUGAUGGUACGGUAUCCCUGGAAGAGUGGAUUCAAGGAGGAAUGACUACAAUUCCUCUUCUCGUUCUGCUUGGCUUAGAAAAUAAUGUGAAAGACGAUGGGCAACAUGUGUGGAGGCUGAAGCACUUUAACAAACCUGCUUACUGCAAUCUCUGCCUGAACAUGUUGAUCGGCUUGGGAAAGCAAGGACUCUGCUGUUCAUUUUGCAAAUAUACUGCCCAUGAACGUUGUGUUUCAAGAGCACCCCCAUCUUGCAUUAAAACCUACGUCAAGUCAAAGAAGAACACAACUGUCAUGCACCAUUUUUGGGUGGAAGGAAACUGCCCGACCAAAUGUGAAAAGUGUCACAAAGCCAUUAAAUGUUAUCAAGGCCUCACCGGACUCCACUGCGUUUGGUGUCAAAUUACACUCCACAACAAAUGUGCGUCCCACCUGAAACCGGAAUGUGAGUGCGGACCCCUGAAGGAUCACAUCUUACCCCCCACAACCAUCUGCCCCGUGGUUCUGGAAACCCCUCCCACAGCCGGGGUUUCCACCCCCGAAGAGAGACAGUCAACAGUGAAGAAGGAGAAGAACUGUGCUCAACAGGGGAACAAAUCGGGUGAAAGGACGAAGAUGCAGAGAGCGAACUCGGUCACCGUAGAUGGACAAGGUCUUCAGAUCACUCCGGUUCCAGGAACACACCCAUUAUUAGUUUUCGUAAAUCCAAAGAGCGGUGGGAAACAAGGCGAAAGGAUACAUAGGAAAUUUCAGUACCUUUUAAAUCCAAGACAGGUUUAUAGUCUUGCUGGGAUUGGACCGAUGCCAGGGCUGAACUUCUUUCGCGAUGUUCCGGAUUUCAGGGUUCUUGCUUGCGGUGGUGACGGAACAGUCGGUUGGAUUCUUGAUUGUAUAGAUAAAGCCAAUUUGGUAAAGCAGCCCCCAGUGGCAAUCCUACCUCUCGGGACCGGCAAUGAUUUGGCAAGAUGCUUGAGGUGGGGAGGAGGUUAUGAGGGUGAGAACCUUCUGAAGUCUCUUAAAGACAUAGAGAACGGGACAGUCAUUCUGCUGGAUCGAUGGAAGGUUGAUGUAAUCCCAAAUGACAAAGAUGAAAAAGGAGACCCAGUGCCUUACUCCAUCAUAAACAAUUACUUUUCUAUUGGAGUGGAUGCGUCAAUAGCUCACAGAUUUCACAUGAUGCGUGAAAAACAUCCAGAAAAGUUCAACAGUAGAAUGAAGAAUAAAUUUUGGUACUUCGAGUUUGGUACGUCUGAAACCUUCUCUGCAACAUGCAAGAAACUGCAUGAAGCAAUUGAGAUAGAGUGUGAUGGCAUUCAGAUGGACCUGGGCAACAUCUCCCUUGAAGGCAUUGCUCUUCUCAACAUUCCGAGCAUGCAUGGCGGCUCAAAUCUUUGGGGGGAGACCAAGAAAAGGCGGAGUAAUCGAAGGUUAGAGAAGAAGAAUCUUGACAAAAGGACCACAGUCACUGAUGUGAAAGAGCUGAAAUUUUCAGCACAAGAUCUGAGUGAUCAGCUGCUGGAAGUGGUGGGAUUGGAAGGUGCGAUGGAGAUGGGUCAGAUCUACACAGGGCUGAAGAGUGCCGGAAGAAGACUUGCACAGUGCUCAUCUGUGGUUAUACGGACCAGCAAGUCACUUCCCAUGCAAAUAGAUGGAGAACCUUGGAUGCAGACACCAUGCACAAUCAAGAUUACUCACAAAAACCAAGCCCCCAUGCUGAUGGGACCUCCCCCGAGGAACAGCCUCUUGACCUCCUUCAUCAAAGGAACAAUGAACAGGAACAAAGAAUGAAUAUUUGCUAAAACUUGUACACAUUAAUU